UCCUGUUACACAGUCUUGCGCGCAGGCGCACUGGGCCCCACUGCUUUUCUACCUCCCUCCCGCUUCCGCCACUUUGUAGCUUUCCGGGAAAAAUUCGGAGAGGGGUCCGGAGUCCAAGCUACAUCUUUUCCCAAAGCUGAGGGCUGUCGGGGCCGUAGUGGGCAGUCCCCAAACUGUGGAACUAGGUUCCUGCCUGAGGCGGCCAUGGAGACGGAGGUGGGAUCAGUGGACUCCGGGGAGCCCGCUGAGCUCCCCGCGUCUGUUCGGGCAAAGAUAGAGCGAAAUCGGCAGCGGGCGCUGAUGCUACGCCAAGCCCGACUGGCGGCCCGACCUUACCCGCCGGCGGCGAGGGCACAGUCAUCGGGGAGCGUUGGAGGUGCAGGCAUUACCAAAGUGCAAUCAGCACCAAAAAUAAUUGACACAGGAGGAGGUUUCUUUUUAGAAGAAGAAGAGGAAGAAGAGCGCCAAAUUGACAAAGUUGUACAUAAACCAGGGCCUGUUCUAGAAUGUGAUUAUGCAGUUUGUGAAGAAUGUGGGAAAGAAUUUAUGGAUUCUUACCUCAUCAACCACUUUGAUUUGGCAACUUGUGAUAACUGCAGAGAUGCUGAUGGUAAACACAAGCUUAUAACCAAAACGGAAGCAAAACAACAGUACCUCUUGAAAGACUGUGAUUUAGAAAAAAGAGAACCAGUGCUAAAAUUUAUUGUGAAGAAGAAUCCUCAUCAUUCACAGUGGGGUGACAUGAAACUUUACUUAAAAUUACAGGUUGUGAAGAGGUCUCUGGAAGUUUGGGGUAGUGAAGAAGCCUUGGAAGAAGCCAAGGAAGUUCGGCAGGAAAACCGGGAGAAAAUGAAACAAAAAAAAUUUGAUAAAAAAGUAAAAGAAUUACGCAGAGCUGUAAGAAGCAGUGUAUGGAAAAAAGAAACAGCAAUUCACCAGCAUGACUAUGGACCAGAAGAAAGCAUUGAAGAUGACAUGUACCGGAAGACUUGUACGAUUUGUGGCCACCAACUGACAUAUGAAAAAAUGUAAUGUGUUUUUAGAAUUAACCUGAAAUAUUUUAUAUUUAAAUAAAAUUUUAAUGACAAGUCUUAUGUAAUUAGCAAGCACUGUUUUUGACAUAUGGGCAUUUAUUUACUAAAUACUUAUUGUUAAAGGGGCAAAAUAAUGGAAUUUCAACAUUGAAUGGGGUAAUAAAUACAUAAAAUCUUAAUGUUGGUGGUUCUUGCUAUAUCUGAAAUAUUUGGUUGUCUUAUGGAAGAUCCAGCUAUAUUAUUAACUGGCAUUGCCUAUAUUUUUAGUUAUUAUAAAAUUUGUCUAAUUAAAACAUAUCCAAAGUUUUUUUUUACCAUCUUGGUUUAUUCCAGUGGUUUACCUAGCAAUUUAACUGCCACAGAAUGUGUUAAGACAGUCUUCUUAGUUAACAGGAAAACAAACUUAAGAAAAUGGUAAUUUGGAUCAUGUUUAUGUAGUCAUUACUUUAUCAUGUAUAUUAUUUAAAGCAUAACAAAUAAAAGAAAUGUAAGAAGUCAUUCUA